UUGACACUUGACAUUAAAAUGGACGAAAACGAAAUUGCUGAAUUUUAUUUGUUUACAAAAAAAUAACAGCAAAAAUGUAUUUCUGCCUAGAUAAACAUGACUUCCCCUCAGUGCCUGUCUACUGUCGCUACUGCCAAUCUGUUUCAGUAAUUAAUUAUUCGUGAGCUAAAGUUCUAGUGUAGGUACUUAUAUACUUAUCGCCAUAAUAAUAUAGGUAAUAUUAUAAAUGCCAAAUUGACAGCUUUCUUAUUGUCUAAUUUAAUAAUUGUUACAGUUAUUUCAAUAGUUCUGGGUUUCUCAAACAAAAUAUACUCUAGCGAAAUGGAUCAGACGGCCCUAUCUGCUGCUGUUGCCAAAUUUUCAGCUAAAUUUUGCAAUGAAUUGGAGAAAAAUAAAAGUGUAGUUUCAUCUCCUCUGUCGGCUGAGUUUGUUCUUGCAUUGUUAACUCUUGGAGCGACAGAACCAACCCUUACAGAGAUUCUUAAAGCCCUUGGAAUUAAAAAUGAAAAAUUGAUUCGUGGAUCAUUUUCAAAAGUGACAUCUAAGUUAAAAUCACUAAAGGGCAUAACUCUCGAUGUUGCCAAUAAAGUGUACAUCAUGGAAGGUAAGUAUGACCUGAAGCCAGAGUUGAAAAAGGAUGCAAUAGAGGUGUUUGAUGCUGAACUGGAAAAAAUUGAUUUCAAGAAAUCCACAGAUGCCGCGAAACGUAUAAACUCAUGGGUGGAAGAAAAGACUAACAAUAAGAUAAAAGACCUGUUACCUCCCGACUGUUUCGACGCUCUCACUCGCCUGGUCCUUGUUAACGCAUUGUAUUUCAAGGGUACAUGGAAGACGCAAUUCAGUUUGAAAAAUACUACAAAACUGCCGUUCCAUAUAAAUGCAGCUACGACUGUCGAUGUACCCAUGAUGUACCAAGAAGAAAAAUUUUAUUAUAAAGAAAGCUCCGACUUAAAUGCUCAGUUGCUGGCGAUGCCAUACGUGGGCGAUGAAGCGCGCAUGUUGAUUGUGCUGCCGAAGGAGGUUGAAGGGCUAGACGCCCUCCUGACUAAAUUGGCUCAAGGGCACAAUAUCAUGAAUGAUAUUAAUAAAAUGAGUUACAUCAAAGUACACGUUACCAUUCCUAAAUUUAAGAUUGAAACUGAGAUUGAUUUGAACGAUCUCCUGCCUAAGCUUGGCAUUAAGCAAAUCUUUAACAAAGAAUAUUCGGGUUUGACAAAAAUCCUCAAUGAAGAGGAACCAUUGUAUGUGUCCAAAGCGAUACAAAAAGCAUUCAUAGAGGUUAACGAAGAAGGCGCAGAGGCCGCUGCCGCUACAGCUGCGCAGACGCGCACUCGCCGUUCGCUAUCGCCGCCCAGCGUGGUGUUCCUGGCGGACCGGCCGGCGCUGUGGUGCCUCCUGGUGCACGGGGUCGUGGCAUUCACAGCCCGAUACCAACCCCCACCUCCCACGGCCCCGGCUCCCCGAGACGAACUUUGAGCGAGCUCACAAUAUGCUUUUAUUUUUAACUUUAUAUUAGAGUUAGUAGAUUAUAUGUGGUUGGGAUGUUUCCGAGUCAGUCAACUGUUAUUUUACGGCUAGUAUAUUGUAAAGCAUGAAGAAUAAAAAUUUGGCUGGUUUCACAGUCAUGGCAAUGUUUUAAUACGUGACGUGGCACUACCAGUAUACACAACGACGUUGCCGCAGUGUAUAGUGAUGCGCUAAAAAUGCCUGGGCCUGUCCCACGGUUAUCCUUUAUACUGGCUCUGAUCAUACCAUUAUCAUUUUUGUGGUAUGCAAAAGAAAAGAUUUAGUUGUAUUUUAUUUAACUAAUAUUUAAAAUUUUAAAUCUGUGAGUUUCUUUAUUCCACUGUGACCUGAAUGUGACUUCGAAUAUUUUGGGAUGGCGAGAACGGCCGCAUUAUUCAUCAACACUAAACUAAAAACAUGAUCUGAAACUUUAUUCAUUUAUAUAUUACACGUCAACUACUAAUAAUUUUCUAUCUAUAAAAAUGGGUCUUAAUCAUGGUGACGGGUAUCAUUUAUGUUAUAUAUGAUGGAUCUUAUUUCGCACGUGAUGAUGCUUUAAGUAUUAUAUAUUCAUACAGACCUGUUGAGAUGUUUUAGAGUCUAGCCUUAUUUAUCAUUAUAAUGCUAUUUACGGCUACGAAGUGAUUGCAGAUUUAGAUCUGCAACUACAGCUAUUAUGCUACGGCCGUAUAGUUUAAACAAAAAAACUGCAAUGUAUGUACCUACUAAAUAAGAGUUAAAUACGUAAUGAAUCUGAUUUUUUUAUUAAAGUCACAUUUGGAACGUUUCAAUGAGUUUUCCAUAUGUUUUGUUCACAAUCGUUACAUAAGUAUGGCGAAGUAUAAAGGCUAGCUGAGCUGUGUGUCCUCGCAGGUAUGGUGAUGGCGCUGCGCUGCGCCAUGCCGGACUCCACACCGCGGUUCUACGCAAACCGGCCAUUCCUCUAUUUACUCACUGCCGCCGACGAUACCGUUCUCUUUAUUGGCACGUACAGAGGACAAUAAUAUAUUGUAUUAGAGUUCAUUCUUGUGAGUUUCUUUAUUCCACUAUAACCGUGUGACUUAUUGUGAUUAAAUUGAAGAGUUGGAUCAACAAUUUAAAUAUAUAUAUAUAUUGAAGAUCCUCAAUUUUUUUUGGAAAACUGAAAAUAUAAGUUUUGACAAAAUAAUGUUCAUAAUUCAAAUAUCUUUAAUCUCAAUAAUACUAAAUUAAAUACCUCACCACAAAAAAAGUAUAAAUAAAAUUAUCUUUAUUUCUCACUAAUGACAUCGUCUACAAUACAUCUAUGGCUGACGAUUAUGAGUGAUCCAAUGUGUUACGGUUUUAUAAUCAAUAAUAUUGAUUGUAUUGAUUCAAUACGCCAUAUCUAUAUAAUUGAUUAUGGAUAAAUAUAAUAAUAUAAACAUCCUAUGUAUCUAUUAAUUAGUUAUGUUGUGGCUUGUUUUGAGGCAUACUGUGUUGCUUUCAGCUUCGUCUCUGUGGUAACGCUGUCAGAAGUGUCUUUCACUAUGUACAUUUUGUAUAUUAUAUCUUUUAAAAUUGUUUUUUGUAAAUAAUUUCAGCGAUGGUUGUGGCGAUGUGUACCGCCUUUGUCGAGGAACCUCCAGUGCCACACUUUGUCGCCGAUCGACCUUUCUUGGCCAUCAUACUGGACAAAUACGAUAUUUCUUAUUUCUAUGCAAUUUACACUGGGCAAAAAUAAACAUUGUCUUUUUCUCUGUUCAUCACAAUUGUCCCUUAUGUGUUUAACUCGUUACAAUUUACUUAUAUCUAUACUAUUAUUAUAAAGAGCACGAACGCUUACCGUUUGUGAGUUUGUAUGUUUGAGGCGGGUAAUCUUCGAAACUACCGUACCGAUUUCAAAAUUUCUUUCACCAUUAGAAAGGUUAUUCAAGAUUGCUAUAGGCUAUAUUUUAUCUCAAAAUUCCUACGGGAGCGUAGACCCCGGGCAACCUCUAUCUUAUAUAAAUUAAUGUAACCACUGCUAAUUAUGUUUGCUGGGCUGAGUUAUAUAGUAUUAUUACUAUAAUAAUAUCUAACAAAAAAUAGCUAUAACUUAUAACUAAGAGUAAGUAGUAAUUAGACCUAUUAUGUUUUUUUAUUCAAGUAACGCACUUUCAAAAUUCGAAUGUUUCACUUGAAUGAGAGAUUUCACUUGAAUUUUUUGAAUUUCUUAGCUACGAUGCACAUGAGCACAAGACUUGCUUUUCUACUGUUUAUGUCUCCGGCUUCUUAAUUGCCAGAACUAAUACGUAUAUUAUAUAAUCUAUACUAAUGCUAAAAAUAACAACGGGUCAUAUUCGGAAAUACAUAAUUAAACAUUUGCAUGUACUUAUUGUAUCGGAAAUCACUAUAGCGUAAGGGUAUUCACGUACAAAAUAAUAAAAAUACCUCUAAGUACAUUAAGAUGACAAUUAUAGUGGAAAAAAGAAAUUCACCACUUAUAUAUGUAUAUAUUUUCUUUAGAAGUCAUGAGCAUAUCUCGAAAUUAAUCAUAUAACAUCUGAUCUGAUCAAGUCGACCAUUUUAUGACAGGGAUAAAACAUCAUACAACUAUCUAUAUGAACUGAUUUAAUUUAUGAUAAGUUACAAUGAUAAGAUUUAUCAUGAAAAUAUAAUUUUAUGUUUACAUUAUUACUAAUUCAACAUUGACAAGUUGAUGACUUCAAAAAAUUUCGGCUAUGUUUAUGAUAUGUUCGAUCUAAGGUUCUAGGGUUUUUAUAACAUUUAAAUACUUCGCGUUACAUUUAAUAUUCUUCGUCCAUAUGCCAUUAUAUAUAUUUUUUAUUGAAUUUUAUUAGAAACUAUGAUACGACGUUGCUUUUGAUUUGUUAUAUUUUUGGAUGAUAUUGUUACUAGAAAUGUUACCAAUAUUACUACAGUUAAUGUUUGCUAAAACCCUCUAUCAGAAAUGUUACUUAUAUUUAAAAAUAUCGAAGCAGUAUUUUAAUGCAAUUUGUGUUAUUAUUUAUACUAAAGCCCCAAAUAUGCUCAAGAGAAAAACACGCAUUCGUGACUGACACGCGGCGCGAGUCUUUUUGGGGCUUAGGUAAGUUUAGAAAUAGUUACUUAUACACAGUACACACAAUACCUUUCACAAAAUUCACAAGUAAAGUUUUAUCGAAUACUCCAUCCAUAAGAAUUUGGUUGUCACCAUAGAAGUGUAACCGAGGUUAAUAUAAGUCUGUGAAUGUAACACAUUGCCUUGAAACAAUUACCUAUAUGUAUUUUCGUAUUAAUUUGCACACAAGUUUUAAAUAAAAUAGUUUAUUUUUAAAAA